AUGAGACUGCUGGGCCUUCGGGAAGCGGAGGGUAAUCUACCUAAAUUCAGGAAGCCGUACAUUUCCCCUUUGUGUGAUUUUAUAAAAACCAAUAAUCUCCAUUUUGGAAACCGACUGACGCCGGUUGAUUAUUGGAGAAAUCGUUCACGUCAAAUAUGCAAAGGCCAAAGUUUGUUGUGUUUGAUCUCGAUUAUACCCUCUGGCCCUUCUGGGUCGAUACACACGUCGACCCACCUUUUCACAAAAAAUAACGAGGGAGUGGUGGUGGAUGCAAGGCGGCAGCGGGUCUCUCUUUAUGAGGACACAGCGGAGAUCCUGAGCUCUCUCUACAACCAGGGCAUCAAGAUAGGAGUUGCUUCACGGACCGGGGAAGUAUGUGGAGCCAAUCAGCUUUUAUCUCUUUUCAGUCUCGACAAGUAUGUCUCCUGCAAAGAAAUAUAUCCUGGUUCAAAAAUCACUCACUUUAAACAAGUAAGUCUGAAGUUGUUUCUGCACAAGAUAUGA